UUAAGUAGGCUUAGAUUCCCUCAAUUUUACUCUUUUAUCCUAUUUAUGGCUCAAGACUUUGUUCAGAUUUUAAAAAGGUUUUUAUUAUAGUGACAUGACAUAAAACCUUGCAGUUUCUUUGGCGCUCAGUCAUACACACACACACAUACACACACACACACGCACGCACGCACACACACACAAACACACACACAAACACACACUCAUACACACACAUAAAUGUAUACUUUGGUAUGCAGUCUGACAUCAUACUUAAGUCAUAUUAGGGGGCUGCAGAAAGCUUCAGUAUAUACAUGAACAUGUAAAGAGUGCCUCUACAUUGACUAAAGCCCCUCCAAAGAUUUCUUCAGUAUGAUGUCAUCAGAGAUAUUUCUUUCAUCUUAAUCUGCAGAAUAAGCUGGGGGUUUGAUAGAUACCUUUUGGACAGGCAAUAUAUGAAGUUUAAUGUUAUUGGUAGAAGUGUUUAUGGGAAGUUGCAAUACCAAGUUUCAAAUAUAGAAAAAAGAUCAAAUAAUUUUAAUGAAUGGAAACUUCCAUUUCCUAUGAAAGAAUAUUAUAAGAAAAUGCUCAGCUUAGUUGAUGAGGCUGUUGGUUUUUCUCAGAUUGCUGAAGCCCAGGCUCUUGUCUUAAAAUAUGAGCAGCAGUAUGAAGAGGUGCGAAAUAAAGUUUAUGCUAUAAAACAAACUAUGGAAGAAAAACAAGACCUUUUAUCUGAAAUGCGUCGUAAAUUAGAUAGAUGUGAUAGGCAUGAUGAACGUUAUUUGCUUCUUGUUGCCGAUGAACACAAAAUUCUUUUAAGCUCGAGACAACUUCUUCGUGAUUUCAAUGCGGCUGAGCAGCAAGAACGUCAGAUGUUUAGAUUGUACUCUGGCGCUGUUCGUUUAUCUCAUGAAAGAGAGAGGUUAAAUGGUCAGCGUACAAAAUAUUGGUCAAUAAUUGCUUCUAUUGGUGGAACCAUUCUUGGUUUUACUUUUUCUUCUUUGAUCACACAUAGCAGACUAGAGGGAAUGAGCAGUGUGACUCAGUCUGCAAUUAGUCAGGUUCUGCUUGAAAUGCACGCAACUUUAGAAGAGCAUCAAACAUCUAUGAUUUCUCAGCUUCAUUCUUUAAACGAAGCAGUCAUAAAAAAUGAGGGUGAUGUUUCAUCAGAUACAAAAGGUUCUGCAGCAGUUAAAAAAAUUGAACAUAAAAUUGAGGAAGUGAUUAGUUUCUUAAAAUUACUUAAUGAAAACACUCAAAAACUCUCUGUCGACAAUGAAAAAUUACUAAAGGAGUUAGUUGAGCGUAUCAUUAAGUAUCUGUCACAAAGCAAAAAAACACAAGAUAUAAAAGUAGAUAAUGUUCAAAUAGAAGAUCAUCUGGAAACAAGUAUCAGGGCAACAGAAAACACUAAAGUGAACUCACUUAACGAAGAUGAAACGAUCCUUAAUACAAACUUAGCACCACAAGAAAAUGUUGGUGGAUCCGAAAAAAAUUUAAAUAGCAAAAGCUUUAAUAUACUUUUAGUACUCUCGACUUUAUCGUUUGUUGCAAUUUCUUAUUGGAAAGAAUUAUUUUGAUUGUAGAAUUUUGCUGUAAAUAUUUUAAUACUGUUA